AUGUUACAGCUUUUCAUUUUAUUUGAACAUGCUGCUGGAUAUGCUAUAUUCCGUAUUAAGGAAUUUGAAGAGAUUGGAAUGCUGUUACCUCAAGUGGAAGAAUCUGUAACAGAUCUGUCACGAUUUCGUAACAUCAUAAAACUUCUUGCAUUUUCACCUUUCAAAUCAGCACUCUCAGCUCUGGAAAAUAUUAAUAGCAUUUCUGAAGGAAUUGUUACAGAGGAUUUAAAACUUUUUUUAGAUUCUUGUUUUGGUGAAUUUGCCAAACAGGAUGUUGUUCUUGGUGUUGCUGAUCCUAAACUUGGUGCCCAUAUUACUGAAACUAUAAAUAUAAAAUGCGACCAUGUCAAUGCUAUUCCUGAAAUUAUGAGAGGAAUAAGAUUUCAUUUCCACAAUAUGAUAAAAGGCUUUACGUCUCAAAACUCAACAAUAGCACAGCUAGGUCUUGGACAUAGUUAUUCAAGAGCAAAAGUUAAAUUUAAUGUGAAUCGAGUAGACAACAUGAUCAUUCAGAGUAUAGCUUUAUUGGAUCAAUUAGAUAAGGAUAUUAAUACUUUCAGCAUGCGUAUACGAGAAUGGUACAGUUAUCACUAUCCAGAGCUUGCAAAGAUUGUUCCAGAGAAUUAUACAUACGCGAAAGUAGCACAAGUAAUAAAAAACAGAAAGGAAUUGACAGAUGAUAAAAUGAUGGAAUUAGAAGAAAUUGUUAUGGAUAAUUCAAGGGCUCAGGCCAUUGUCAAUGCAGCCAAAUCAUCUAUGGGCAUGGAUAUAAGUCCAGUUGAUUUAAUGAAUGUUGAAAUCUUUGCUGGACGCGUUGUCAAAUUGGUGGAUUACAGAAAGAAGAUGUCCGAAUAUUUAACAUCAAAAAUGGCAGGAGUAGCACCUAAUCUAGCUACUUUAAUUGGAGAUCAAGUCGGCGCUAGAUUAAUAGCACAUGCUGGAUCGCUUACUAAUUUAGCGAAGGCACCGGCAUCCACUGUUCAGAUAUUGGGGGCGGAGAAAGCUUUGUUCAGAGCAUUAAAAAGCCGCGGAAAAUCGAAUACUCCAAAAUAUGGACUUUUGUUCCAUUCUACUUUUAUCGGUCGCGCUGGCACUAAAAAUAAAGGUAGAAUUGCGAGGUACUUGGCGAACAAAUGCUCCAUUGCUUCUAGAAUCGAUUGUUUCGCGGAAAUACCAACAAAGAUAUUUGGUGAGAAAUUACGACAACAAGUAGAAGAAAGACUAGAUUUCUUCACAACUGGUAAGGAACCGAAGAAAAAUUUGGACGUAAUGAAAGAAGCAUUAGAGGAAACGGCACACAUGUUAGCUGCUCAGAAAAAAGAAACCGAGAAGAAAAAGAAACAGAAUAAAAAAGAACAUGAUAUACUCGAAAAUGGCGAAGAAAAUGGGCACAUCGAAAACGGCGAAGUAAAUAUGUCGUUGCAGAAAAAGAAGAAGAAAAAAUCGAAACAGAUUGACGAAUAAAAAAA